UUUUUGUGUGAAAUCUCUUUAUUUUAUAUGGUAAAUUUUUUACAUCCACAAAUGCAGAUGGUCAAGUAAAAGACCACAUAUUGUUCAGUUUAGCAUGGAACUUAACUGUUAUUUUAAAAACGAAAAAAGCCAUUAAGACUUUGAAACUAUACGAUGCCUUGAAUUGGUUGUUUUGUUAUUGUCCCCUGCUGUAUUGUUUGUAAUUUUUUAAUGUUUAUAUCCUCAUUUUAAUGUUUUGAGUUGGAUAUAUAUAAAGUUUUGUUAAAAAAAAUUGCAAGUGCGUAGGGAGACUUUUGGGCAUCGAAUAGGAUUUAAUAAAGAGCAGUGGUGAUAAACGUAACAGUUGCUUACCAGUUUUGAAGUUAUACACAGUAACAUAUUGUUCAAUAUACGAAGCGUUUUAAGUUGUUUCUUGUAUCGUUCAUAUUUUAAACGCGUUUUUGCUCCGUCAGUAAAGCCGUCCGGCCCUCCGUAGCGAGCAGCACGCUGGCAUCUGGGCUGUAAAAGCAGCAGCAGCAGCAGAAGAAGAAGACCUCAGCGCCAGCCAGGCUUUCUGUCUGCGCGAUAUCGACUCUUCUGAGCUGCACAAUGAGUCGAACUUAUAACGAUGAGUUGCAGUACUUGGACAAAAUUGACAAAAACUGCUGGAGGAUCAAAAAGGGGUUUGUUCCGAAUAUGCAGGUUGAAGGGAUCUUCUAUGUCAAUGAUCCGCUUGAGAAACUGAUGUUUGAGGAGCUGCGCAAUGCCUGUCGAGGAGGAGGUUUUGGUGGAUUCCUUCCGGCUAUGAAACAAAUUGGAAAUGUUGCAGCACUACCUGGAAUAGUACAUAGGUCAAUUGGUCUCCCUGAUGUCCACUCCGGAUAUGGGUUCGCCAUUGGAAACAUGGCUGCAUUUGAUAUGAGUGACCCCAGUGCUGUAGUAUCUCCAGGUGGUGUAGGCUUUGACAUUAACUGUGGUGUGCGACUGCUGAGGACAAAUCUGGAUGAAGGCGAUGUCCAGCCUGUAAAAGAGCAGCUAGCCCAGGCAAUGUUUGAUCAUAUCCCAGUGGGCGUGGGCUCCAAAGGAGUCAUUCCCAUGAGUGCCAAGGACUUGGAGGAGGCACUGGAGAUGGGAGUGGACUGGUCCCUGAGGGAGGGCUAUGCCUGGGCUGAAGAUAAGGAGCACUGCGAGGAGUACGGUAGGAUGCUGCAAGCGGACCCCAAUAAGGUUUCCUCCAAGGCCAAGAAGAGAGGGCUGCCCCAGCUGGGCACGUUAGGGGCAGGUAACCACUAUGCUGAGAUCCAGGUGGUGGAUGAGAUCUAUAAUGACUACGCUGCGAAGAAGAUGGGCAUCGACCACAAGGGCCAGGUGUGUGUAAUGAUCCACAGUGGCAGCAGAGGACUGGGCCACCAAGUGGCCACAGAUGCACUUGUUGCCAUGGAGAAGGCGAUGAAAAGGGACAAGAUCGUGGUGAAUGAUCGUCAGCUGGCGUGUGCUCGCAUCACAUCUGAGGAGGGCCAGGACUAUCUGAAGGGCAUGGCUGCAGCAGGCAACUACGCCUGGGUCAACCGCUCCUCCAUGACCUUCCUCACCAGACAGGCCUUCUCCAAAGUGUUCACCACCACACCAGAUGAUCUGGACAUGCACGUGAUCUAUGAUGUGUCCCACAACAUAGCCAAGGUGGAAGAGCAUGUGGUGAACGGCAAGCAGAAGACUCUACUGGUGCACCGCAAGGGCUCCACCAGAGCGUUCCCUCCACAUCACCCGCUGAUCGCUGUAGACUACCAGCUUACAGGCCAGCCCGUGUUGAUUGGAGGCACGAUGGGCACCUGCAGCUAUGUGUUGACAGGGACAGAUCAAGGCAUGACGGAGACCUUUGGAACUACCUGCCACGGCGCGGGUCGUGCUCUGUCUCGAGCAAAAUCCCGUAGGAACUUGGACUUCCAGGACGUGCUGGACAAGCUAGCGGACAUGGGCAUUGCCAUAAGAGUUGCGUCGCCCAAAUUGGUGAUGGAAGAGGCUCCUGAAUCAUAUAAAAACGUGACGGACGUCGUCAACACCUGUCACGACGCUGGAAUUAGCAAGAAGGCCAUCAAACUUCGACCCAUUGCUGUAAUCAAGGGCUGACGUCACACGUGAUGCCGAGUCGGGACGUUCAGCAGCGUGUCAUCUGCAAGUUGACGUAUUUUCAAGAACACUAUUUUUGCUUUUGACAGCCCUCAUGACUAAAGUACAAGUAUCUGGGAAAGCUUUUUUUUUUUCGGGGUGUUUGCUAAUCAGUUUUUCAAAUUCAGUAAUCUAAUUUCAGAGUUAAAAAUACAUGAGCUAAGAUUAUUUCUGUCAAACAAUGGAAUAUGGAACAAGUGUCCUCGCAAUAAAGAAACGGGACGACUGACACCGACGUGAACCCGGUACCUGAAUGCAUCUCCUAAAGCCAACUUGAAAUUGUGACGCUGACAAAGUGCACUUCUCCUGACUUAAAGAAUCACACCCGCAUCACUUCUGCAUAAACUGUUAACGUAUUUUCAACAGAAAAAAGACACCAUUGUGAGGAACACGUUCCUGAUUAGUAAACACUUUAUUGGUACCAACACGUUCCAGAAGAAAUGUCAUUGCAAUAUCAAAAAAUAAAUCAAGAUCUCAAACACUUCACUCUCAGAGAACAAAUGAAUUCAUUUGGUGUCAGAUUUGCACAAUCUUCCCCCGUAGUCCAUGAAGAAGAAAUAAGUCUUCUGAAACGAGAUGUACGUUUAAUAUUCAUUUGAUAUUAGCAAUAUCUAAUGAAACACACUUGGGUUUAUGUGUACCAAGGAAAGGAAAAUGCACAGGUUUGAGUGUUUUAUCAAAUACUGGGGCAGACAAAAUAAGACUCAGGAAUUUUAUUUGCCUGGGUUUUACUUUGCAGUCAUUCUGCACCAGGAGGAACAAAGAAAAUGGCAAACUAAACCUCCAGGCCCUU